AUGUAUGAAGGUGCUUUCAAUCAAUUAAACCUUUAUUAUCGUGAAUGUUUCACAUUUGUUAAAAAAGAGAAUGAAGAAGAAAAUAUUUGUGGAUGUAAUCGACCACGCGAUCCUUAUCACAAGGAUAAAGAUACCAAAUCGAACGAUACAAAAUGGGAAAUGCGUCUUCAUACUUUGCAAAGAUUAAAUCCGGCCCAUGGUACACUUCCCAAUGGUGCUUUAUUUACACGACUUGCUUUGGAUACACCUGAAGAAAAAGUAGAAAAACUUCUUCUUGAAGUUUGGAAAAUUCCCAAACCUCAAUUAAUUAUAUCGAUUGUUGGAGGUAACAAAUACUUUAAAUUAAGUGACCGACUUGAAUCAAAUUUUAUUAAUGGUUUUAUUCAUGUUGCUCUUAAAUCAAAUGCAUGGUUAAUUACAAAUGGAUAUAAUGUUGGUAUUGUUCAACUUGUUGGACAAGCAAUUAAUAAAGUCAAAUUAACAAAUCCAAAAAAACAGAUUACAGCUAUUGCUGUUUGUAAAUGGGGAAGUGUACAAAACGUAGAGAAACUAACAAAAGAUCGAAAUAAAGAAAAGGAGAAAGAGAAACAAGAAUCUAAAACUAGUGAUGAUGAGCAAAAAGAAAACGAACGUGAACGUGGUGAACGCGAUCUCGAUAUGAAUCAUAGUCAUUAUCUGAUGUUCGAUGAUGGAACAUUUCGACAUUAUGGUCUAGGAGGUUAUCGAACACAAUUAUGUGUUCACAUGGCGAAAUUCCAUCUUGAAGAUGACUUUCCUAUGCCUGUGGUUACUGUUGUGUUCGAAGGUGGUAAAGGUACCAUACGAAGUAUAUACCGUGAUUUGAAAGCUCAUAUUCCUGUUGUUAUUAUUGAUGGUAGCGGUCGUAUUGCUGAUUUUUUCAAAAAAUGGUUGUUAUAUACGAAAGAAUUCGAUGAUGAUAGUGAAGACUCUGAUAUUCCAUAUGAUAUUGAUGAAAUUGAUGAAGUAGUAUCUGUUACAACUUGCUCAUCUGUAACAUUUAAUACAGUUAACGAACAUCAUGCAAGAUCAAGACAUAUUCGUUUCCAGCUUGAUGCAUCUGAAAACGCACUUCAAAAUAAGUUCGAUAAAUAUAAAGAGCAACUUAAAACAGAGCUUCGUGUAAUAUUAGCACAUGAUGAUGAUUCGAAUAAGAAAAAAAGAAUGGGUCAACCAACAACUAAGUCAAAUGAUGACCCAUUCGAAAAAAGUUUGAAUACAGCAGUAAAUCAAGUUAUGUAUUGUCUUCAAUCAGCUGUUCGUUCUGGUAUAACUGUAUUUGAUUUGAAUACAGAUGAUGAUUUAUCGGCAACAAUUUUGAGAAGUAUUUGUAAAUCACAUCAAAAACACUUUGAAAACAAAGAAAAAGUUCAAAAUGAUGACAUAGAAAUCAAACUGCGAAAAUUUAAAACAUCAAUUGAUUCGCCUGAUAGACAACGCCAAUCAAAUGUACGUGAAUAUGUCAAUAAUAACAGUCGAAAUGCACAGCGAUCAAACUUAUUAAGAUUAGCAAUGAAUUGGAAUUGUAUUGAUGUUGCAAAAGAAUUAAUUUUAAAAAGCUCAUUAAAUAAUAUUAUGAACAAAGAAAAAGCUUUCACAGAUGCUUUAACAGAAAAUUUGCCAACAUUUGUUUAUGAAUUUCUUAAAUUGGGCAUGGAUCCUAGUAAAAUAUUCUUUCCAAAAGAUAAAUUCUUUGACGGACAGAAUCGAUAUAGUGAAUUUAUUAAAUCUUUAUAUACAACAGAAGCAGUGAAUAGGAAUACAACUCAUUUAAGUUGGUUUAUUGAAUUGAAGGAAAAAUGUAUUACUACCACUGAUGAUCUUAAUACAAUUCUUACUACACUUAUUGGUGAUUAUAUGCAUAAAUUAUAUUUUGAUAGCGAUGAACGAGAGAAUAGGUAUCGGUUAUAUUGGGGUUUAAACGAGGAAAAUAACGAAUCAAAUCAUAGUAAAGGUCAAAGCAUUCAAUACGAACAUAAUCUUAUAGAUAGAGAAAAUCGAGAAAUAAUUAAAGAUUAUAUAAUGCGCGAUCUAUUUUUAUGGUCAAUACUUAUGAAUUAUAUUGAUUUGGCAAAAGUUCUUUUAUGUUAUAUUAAAUAUCGAAUAUGUGCUGCAUUGAUUGCAACAAAAAUUUUAAAACAAUAUCAUAGUAAAGCAGUUCAUGGCGAAUUAAAAGCUAAUUAUAUAAAAAAUGCUGAUUAUUUUGAACGAUAUGCUAUUGAUUGUAUAACACAAUGUGAAAAAAAUGAUUCCGAUCAAACAUGUCAAAUUGUUUUACAACGAAUAGAACUUUAUGGAAAUGUUACUUGUCUUCAAGUUGCAGCCGAUGCAAAAGAUAAACUAUUUAUUGCAACACCAUGUUGUGUUCAAGCUAUGCGUUAUGUUUGGUAUGAUAAAAUUUAUCCGAAAGAAUCAAGAAGCCAAAAUUACAUUUCUACGGCUAUUGGUGUUUUUUCAUUUGGUCUUGCUGCUCCAUUUGUGGUCACUUAUGGAAAACGUAUAAGGGUUAGAAUUUAUUGUUCUUUUUUAAGUCUACACAAAUGAAUUUUUACAGAGUAGAUAUAGCUUAAGCUAAGUCUGUGGAUUCUAUAAUUAACUCAAUAAAUCUCAAAGUAGUUGUCUCGAUAUUCUUCAACAUCCUAUAUAUCGGAAAAUUUCGAUAAUUAGAUCUUUUAGAUAAAUGUGUUAUUUACCUGUAUCGAUUACUAAUUCACAUUUGAGAUCGAAGAUUGGAUGCGUCCAUACUCUAUUUUAAUCCUUACAGCAAUAUCGUUUAUAACACUUAGAAUAACAAAAUAAUAGAAUCGUGAAUAAAAAUCACACGGACAGCAGGUAUUGACGUUUAACCCUUUCAAUCCCGCAUGUCAUCUACGAGAUGACAUGCAUAUCGUAAUAUAGAAAUUUUGCGUUCUGUCGUCUUCCUACAUGAUACAUGUCAUAUGUGUAUUCAAAAAAGUGCGUGUAUUCUUCGCUGCGAAAAUAUUUUUUUCGCACUGAACUAGUAUAGCUAGAAUUCGUGUGCAGCUGAUUAUCUAAAGGAGAACGCAAGGGAGAGAGAAAUCUAGAUUUUCUUCAACUUUAUAUAGAACGAGAGAAAAAGUCGGGAUUGAAAGGGUUAACCCUUUAUCCCCCAUAGUGAUUCCACAGAAGGUAGAGACAAUAUAAGUAUUGGAAAAGAAUACUAAUGCUCUCAAUAAAUCAAUAAAAUAAGACGAUCACCAAAACUCUUUUUCAUGUGCGUAGGGUGCUUUGGCCACUCCAUUGGCCAUUGGGGGGUAACGACAUAAAAAAUUGAACCUUUUAUUUAUCUUCUUUCAUAUGUUUGUCUAUAAGUAAGGAUAUUUUAUUUCUAUUGUUUAGUAAGCAGGAACAGAAAAACAUAUAUAAAUACAUAAAGAAUUAUAAAUUAAAUAAUAUAUGUUGCUGUUCAUAUAUGUUUCUACAAAAAGCAUUUGUUUUUCUGAAAUUAAUAACUAGACAAAAAAUAUAAAGCUAUAGAUUUUAACAUGAUCUUUUUAAUUUUUGUUGUGAAAAGACAUAAAACAGUUAUGUUUUGGUUUGACGCACAAAUGUACACGACAUUUUGAACACAUCCAUUGUGUCCGUUGUUUGCAAUUUUCAUACUUACACCGCAAAGGAUAUUUUACAGGUUGAAAUAUUGGUCAAUGUUUGUAACCAUCGUAUCUUGAAGUGCUUGUAAUUGUUGAUUUUGAUUCAUUCUUUGAUUUUUUUUCGUUUUACUAAGUCAUGAUCGUGGCGUCCAUUAUCUGAUUCAUUUGAACUAUCAUCACCUUGUACAGAUAGAAUAAUAGAUCUUAGCAUUGAUACAGGCGUCUAUAACAAUGUACGAGCAAUAUCAAGUUUAAACUGAAAAAUUCGUUUGAAUCUCCAAUUGCCAUCAUCAUCAUUCAAUAUGUAACGCCAUAAUAGCCAAGCAUUCAACACCAUGAGAUCGAAGACAUGCCAGACAAGGCGAAUAUACCACUUUUUCGAUCGAAACGGUAUAGGAUGCAAAGCACACAACAUGUCUGUUUUAUCAACACCUCCCAUGUAUUUAUUGUAAAUGUGAAUGAGUUGAGGCGCUGGUAUGCUUACUUUUUUUGCAGUUUUAUUCCACCUCAACAAUUGUACGAUAGGAUUAAUCUCUACAAAAUUCGAUCCUAUCAGCACCCGUUUACAAUCUUUCCAGGCCACUAUUAGACACUUUUUAUCAUCCGUUAAUCGAUAGUCGUAAUAGCCACGAUUUUUGUUGUUCAUAUACUUUUUUGAUGGUAAUGGACAACCACCAGUUCGAUUUUGUUUCAAUGUGCAAAUUAUUCCAUAAACUAAUUCACUCAUUUUCUUCACUAAAGCAAAAGACCCAAAAGAGUUAUCCACAAAAACUUUUGUACCUUUUGGAACGUUAUCAAGCAGAUCAAGAACCAUCAUUCGACCAACACCGACAAAUUUAACACCUUCAUUUCUAUGUUUAAUAUUUUCAUUAUCUGCAGUCAUGGUACCAACUAAUCGAGUUCUUCAUUGUAAUAUGGUGGUAGAACUUGUUUUGGUCGGCUUUGCAACUUUAUUACUACCUUGAUAUAAAUCUAUUUUGUAUACGAAACCGGACGCACCACUUUUGGACCAUAACUUAAAUCCGUAUUUGGACGGUUUCGUCGGCAUAUAUUGUUUUAAUGACGAUGGAGCUGUUUUACCCUUGUACACUACCAUUUGUUCAUCGAUAGAUAUGAAUUCUUCUUGAUCAACUAAAGCACUGCACCGUUCAUUAAACAAAUCAACUAAUGGUUGAAUUUUGCCACACUUUUCAUUUUAUUAAAGUAUUAUCAUUAAAAUGUAACAUACGUAAAAGUUCAUCAACACGAUUAUGUGAGAUGUUAUCAGAAAUCAUUGUUUGAACAGAUUGUAAAGUCCAAUAGUCACCUUUACAUGGUAGUUUCACCAAUAAAGAAUAAAAUAAGAAACCAAGUAAUUGAUAAAAAUCUGAUUCUGUCAUUGGUGCCAUUCUCAAGUAUUGCUGAGUUCGAUAAAGAUUGGAUUGUUCAACUAUGUAAAUAGUUCACAAUAUUUUGUGUUAAAAAUAACAAAAAAAUAUCAAGUGGUGAUGCUGAUGAUGGUAAAUUGACAUUUUUGGAUAAUUUAAAUGCGCCCUUAAAAUCUGGUAUGUCCACUUCCAGAUCACCUUUCACCCACUUCUUAGCACCUGCAUUAGAGUCAUUGUCCCUAAUAACGACACGAGAAUUUUCACUUCUCUUGUUUAUCGUGGU